UGCUCGCUCGCACUCGCUAUAAAUCCCCCGCCCUCACUCCACCGGUUCUUCCUCUCCCUCGAUCCCCCGAUUCUUCCGAGUCUCGCUCAUCCACUCAACGCAGGCGAACCCAAAUCUCACCGAAUGGGCAAAAAGAAGGGCGGCAAAGGAGGAGGCGACGCGAAGGUGGAGGCGAAGAGCAAAGGAGAUGGCGAGAACAAGAAGAAGGAUGGCGAGAAUGGCGUUACGGCGGUCCUGAAGAUGGACAUGCACUGCGAGGGUUGCGCCGACAAGAUCGUCAAACUCGCCAAGAGCAUUGACGGAGUGGAGAAGGCGAAGGCGGAUUGGGAGGCGAACAAGCUGACGGUCAGAGGGGAGAUGUUGGACCCAUUGGAGCUUCGAGAGGAGCUGCAGGAGAAGACGAAGAAGAAGGUGGACCUGGUCUCGCCCCAGCUGCCCAAGAAGGAGAAGGACGGAGACAACAAAUCGUCACCGGCAUCUUCAGACAACAACAAGAAGGCCAAAGAUAAAAAGCCUGAAGACAAGAAACCCAAAGAGCCUCCGGUGACCACGGUGGUUCUGAAGCUGGACUUGCACUGCUCGGGGUGCAUUGACAAGAUUUACAAAAUUGUCUCGAAAGCCAAAGGAGUGCAAAGCAUUGAUUUCGACAAGGACAAGGAUUUGGUCAUGGUGACGGGCGCGGUGGACGCGAAGGCCCUCGUGGAGAGCUUGAAGGAGAAGAUAAAGAGGCCGGUCGAAGUCGUCCAGCCGAAGAAGGACAAAGAGGAAGGGGGCGGGGGCGGAGGAAAGAAGAACAAGAAAGGCGGAGGGAACGGUGGUAAGGAAGGAGGAGAUGACGCUGCCGCCGGCUAUGGCGGCGAUCAUGAUGGGGCGGAGGAGAGCUAUGGCGGAGCCGGGGAGUAUUUCGGAGGGAACAUAAUGGAGCACAAUCGAGUCCCGCCGGGAUACAUGUACAAUUACAUACAUGUACAAUUACGGGUUCAUGUACGGAAACCCCGGAAACCCGUUGCACGCGCCUCAGAUGUUCAGCGACGAGAACCCGAACGCGUGCCGCAUCAUGUGAUGGCGUGAAUUUAUGACGACAGUAGAGCUCUGAUUAUACAUGGUGAUAUGUUUGGAAGCAGGUAUUUGGAAAUAACUGUAUAUAUGAGGAGAACAUUAGAGAGAGGA